UCGGCGUGCGUACGAAACAUGGCCUAUAAAUCGCGGGAGCGCCGUCGUUAACGAAGCUCUCACACCCAAUCAUAUCUUUGGCACCACUUCCCCUCAAUCUCAAAACUGUUAGAUAAUUACAGUGCAAUUCCUCCGACCACUCUUGCACACCAAAGCCCCGUUAAGCUUCCUCCUCCUUCCAUUCCUCAGAUUUGUUAUCGCUUUCUUCCGUCAACACUCAUUGUCUUCGCCCUAAAAAGGUUUCAAUUUUAGGGUUUCGAGUAUGAUAAUUUUGAGAAACUAGGGAUUUCCCCUAGACGCGACGAGUGGAGACGGGGAGCAGCGUUGGUUCUUUCGUUUCAAUGGAGACCACAGCCGGUGUUGCUGCUGCCACCACCGCUCGCGGGGCUUCUCUGCAGAUGCCGCCUUCGUCCCGUAAAGAGUGGCGGGCCAUUGGGGACCAGCAUUCAGCGCGAAACCCGGGAGACGAGGAAUUAUCACAACCAAAGAUAGGGCAAUCAGAUGAGAGAACCAUAUUUGAGGUGCAGCAAGGGAGAGAGCCUCUUGAUGUUGAUUUUUGUUCAAUAACAGUGGAUGGAGCACUAGACAGUGAUAUCAUGCAGCAACGAAUUCUCAACGUUGCUAGACAAAGAGAGGAGCUGGGGCGUGUGGAGAUUGAGUUGAGAGCUCAGAUGAUUGCAAGAACUGGGAUAAUGGAAAUGCAAAGCAGCUUUGAUGCUCAACUCAAGGAGCAGGCUAACACUACCAGCAAGCUUCAGGAGCAACUUCUUGACAGAGAGCGCAGAAUACAUGAGCUGGAAGGGAAAAUGGAAGAGAAAGACAGAGAGCUGCAUGCUAUUAAAUUAGAAAAUGAAGCGGCUUGGGCUAAACAGGACCUUCUACGUGAACAAAACAAAGAGCUUGCAACUUUCAGAAGGGAGCACGAUCAUUCUGAAGCUGAAAGAGCUCAGCAUGUUAAACAAAUACACGACCUUCAAGAGCAUAUCCAAGAAAAAGAGAGACAGCUUAUUGAGUUGCAGGAACAACAUAGGGUUGCUCAGGAGACGGUUAUGUAUAAAGAUGAGCAGUUGAGAGAGGCCCAGGCUUGGAUUGCCAGCGUCCGUGAGGUGGAUGUUUUCCAGUCAACAACAAACCAGACAUUGCAAGCAGAACUGCGAGAACGUACAGAGCAGUAUAACCAACUCUGGAUGGCUUUCCAAAGACAGUUUGCAGAAAUGGAGAGAGUUCAUUUGCAUGCUGUACAUCAACUUCAACUUGAGCUGGCUGAUGCAAGAGAGAGGAGUGGAGCUUACAAUGAUGACUCAAGAAUGUCCCAAACGAGUUCAAAACAGAAUGCAUCUCAGUUUGGGCAGGAUAAUGGAAACCAAUUUGAUGCAAAUGGAAGCAGCAGCUCAGGUGGAAACAAUGGUCUCCUUCCAAACGAGAAUUCAGAUAAUGGUCUACCUUUAGCAUCUUCUGGCAAUGCAUCAAUCCAGAAUGAACAUGUUCCUAGUAUUCCUAUUGCUCCGUCAUCUCUGCUUGGGAUGCCUCCAUGUAUCCCACCUAGUCAGGUCACGGCAAUGCAUCCAUUUUUUGUGCAUCAACAAGCUGCCCCCCAUUCAGUUGCAUCACAUGUACCUCAAUCACAGGUUGGACAUUUUCACUCAGUACCAGCAAUAUUACCUCCGCAACAGUGGCAGAACCAACAGGCCAUCUCAGAGAGUUCGCAGGUGCCUGUGAAGGAUGAUCAUUCAUCAUCCCAAACUGAUCAAAAUUUGAUGAGAUCGGAUGCUAAGUUUAAUUAUGAAAUGUCUGUUAAUGGGCAAGCUCUUAGCAUGGACUAUUUGGAUGUUCGCAUUGGUCAAGGGGAGGAGUCUCAAACUCUUACUACAUCAUCUGCUGUGUUAACACAGUCUGUUGAUAAAGGACGACUAGAAGCUUCCCAACCAGAUCAAAGCCUACAACAAAUUUCAUCCCACUUUCACGAUGUCUUAAGAUUGAAUACUAAUGAUCAGAACAGUGAAACUAAGGUAGUGUUGUUUGCUGAACAGGAUGAGAAUGUUACAACUUCAGCAAGUCAUGGAGCAGAGGACCAAGUUUUGGUCACAGAGCAAUCAAGCUCGGCUGCAAAUGCAUCAUCUCACCAAAUCCAUUCAGUUAAUCAUAGUGUAAUGACAGAAAGUUCUGCUGAUUCCGUCUUGUCUGAAGCAUCUGCCUCCACUGGGCAUAUGAAUUUAACAGUUGCUAGGACUUUAGAGGCUGCUCUCCUUGAUGAAAGGGCAUUAUUGGCGUGCAUUGUUCGAACUAUUCCAGCUGGUGGCAGAAUUCGGAUCAGUUCAACGCUUCCCAAUAGACUUGGCAAGAUGCUUGCACCCCUACGCUGGCAUGAUUAUAAGAAGAAGUAUGGAAGACUUGAUGAUUUUGUGGCCAAUCAUCCUCAAUUGUUUAUGAUUGAGGGUGACUACAUUCAACUUCGUGAAGGAGCACAAAAAAUGGUAGCAGCUACUGCAGCUGUUGCCAAAGUUGCCGCAGCAGCUGCAGCUUCACCUCCUUAUUCUUCUUAUUUGCCCACCGUUGCUGUUACACCAAUGGCUCAAUCUCAUCGCCUAAAGAAAGUUCCUUCUAUCGAUUCCAGAAAUGUUAAAACUGACAAUACAGUCAAGGAAUAUGUAGUCAUCUCUCAGACUACGACUAAUGAUCCCCUAAAGCUACCUGCAAUGCAGCAGCCUCAGCAGCCAAAUGGCAUGUGCUUCAGUGUUACUGGAGGCCUCUCAAAUGUCAAAAUUUUGAGUAAAUCUAAGGAUUCCCACGAAAGUAGGCCUGUGCAGUCUUCUGUACAUUUAACUGUUGGCAUUGGGGUUAACCUGGACAGAUCAAGUAUGAGCAGUACCCAAAAUAUAGGCUCAGCCAAUGGGAGGCUAGCUUCAAGCUUUUCCGGGAAACAGCAGACCAGGAAACGUGGAGAUUCAUAUCUAUGACAAUCCUUGAGGAGCCGAUUUUGUGACGUUUAUAGAAUUUGUGGGAGAAUGCUUCGUAAGAAUUGAAAAGCAAUGUAUUGCGUGCUGCGCAAUUGUGAUUUAAAUUGUCAGUGUAGCCCCCCCUUUGGGAUAAAUUAUUAUUUUUUAUUUUU